AUGCACAUUGCCCAGGGGGUGCUUAAAGCCCUGAAUGUCAACAAGCUCACCAAGUGCGGUGUGACCUUCAGAUUCUGGGUGGCAGACUGGUUUGCCCAGCUGAACAACAAGAUGGGCGGGGAUCUGAAGAAGAUCCAGACGGUGGGCAACUACAUGGUGGAGAUCUGGAAGGCGGUGGGGAUGGACAUGGACCGCGUCGAGUUCCUGCACGCCUCAGAGGAGAUCAACAAGCGCCCCGACGAGUACUGGACCCUGGUGAUGGACAUCGCCCGGCGCAACAACCUGAAGCGCAUCGUGCGCUGCAGCCAGAUCAUGGGGCGGGCGGAGGGCGAUGAUCUGAGCGCCGCCCAGAUCUUCUACCCCUGCAUGCAGUGCGCCGACAUUUUCUUCCUUAAGGCGAGCGGGGCAGAGGCGCAAUGUAGGGCCGAUAUCUGCCAGCUGGGCAUGGAUCAGCGCAAGGUGAACGUGCUAGCGCGGGAGUACGCUGACGACGCGCGGCCCAAGCGUAUGAAGCCUGUCAUCCUGUCCCACCCCAUGAUGCCGGGGCUGCUCCAGGGCCAGGAGAAGAUGAGCAAGAGCGACCCCAACUCUGCCAUCUUCAUGGAGGACAGCGAGGCGGAGGUGCGGACCAAAAUCAAGAAGGCGUACUGCCCGCCAGGGGAGGUGGAGGGCAACCCCUGCCUCUCCUACAUCCAGCACAUCGUGCUGCCCUGGGCCAAGCAGCUCGCCGUCGCCAGGGCUGAGAAAAAUGGGGGAAAUAUCAUCUACACAAACUUCGAGGAGCUCGCCGCCGAUUACGCGUCAGGAGCCCUGCACCCCUCUGACCUCAAGCCAGCCUUGGCGAGCAGCAUCAACGACAUCCUCCAGGCGGGUUCCGGGGGGGGGCAGAGGGGGCCGAGGGGGAGGGAGGCUGCGCCUGCGAUGGGCUGCUGUCCAGCGCAUGAGCGUGGGCCGGUUCGGGACCACUUUGAGAGCAACGCCGAGGCCAAGGCGCUCCUCAAGGCAGUGAAGUCGUACAAGACCACCCGAUGA